CCUGUCCCAGGCAGUCCAUCUCUUUAUAGUUGUCACUCACGCACGCGCACGAAGCCACUUGUCGGCUCGGCGCGCUCGGCACGAGAUAUUCCGAUGCGCUCUUCUCCUCCUCCUUCCUCGCAACUUGUCCGCGGAGCGCCACGCCGCCGCCUCUGCUCCCGCAGGGCUUCUGGGAACGCGCGCCAGCGCUCGUAGCGAGAAAAAAUCCUCGCUUCAUCGCAGCGCACAGGUGUCAGGCAGGGGCUGCCGUGAACACACACACAGAGAGAGAGAGCGAUAGCGAGGGUAGAGCGACGAGGAGGGGAGAGGGAAAGGAUAGAGAGGUCGGUGUUUGCGCGCUCUCGCGUGACGCACUCCCGUCCGCUCGUCUCUGCUCUCCGCUGCAUCGAUCAGUAGCGGUGGCGACUUUCGAGCGGGCGAGUCUCAGUCUCUCGUACGUGACCGUACAGCAGCAGCAGCAGCUGCUCAUAGGGCGCCGCGACCGCGUGUUACCACCGCCAGUGAGCAAGCAGCCCGCGAGCACACGCGUGAACACCGCUUGACCCCCCUCACAGCAAAUCGGAGUAGAUGCUUCAUCAUCCGGCGUGCUCUCCUCGAGAGAAUGCGCUGAGCGCACGACCGAAAAUGCGCCUUUUUUUGAAGACCGGCGCGUGAUAGCGGAGCGGGAUUCAUCGACGGUUGCGCGCAGAUAUAGGACGCACAGUGGCGUUGUUCAUUCCCUGUCCCCUCUCCUCCUCGACGUCGUGUACUCCUCGCUGCUCGCUCUCUCUCGCUCGCUCUCAUUUGCGUUCGUUCGCGGGAACGAUGGAGAACGCGCGAGGAAAUGUCACCAACUCAAGCGCGGGCGGCGAUGGCAAUGUCACCGGCUCGCUCGGGCCGGGGCAUCACCACCACCACCACCAGGAGCAGCAGCAGGAAAGCGGCGACGACGAAGGAAUGGACCCGACCGGAAUCAUCGUGCCGGCGGUCUUCGGCGUCAUCUUUCUGCUGGGCGUGCUGGGCAACACCCUGGUGCUGGUGGUGCUGCUGUGCCGAAAGUCGCGGCGGGUGCAGCGCAACACGACCAACACGUUCAUCCUCAACCUGAGCGUGGCCGACCUCACCUUCCUGAUGGUGUGCGUGCCCUUCCAGUCGACAAUCUACGUGCUUCCCACGUGGGUGUUCGGCGCCUUCCUCUGCAAGGCCGUGCACUACUUCGUCACCGUGUUCAUGCUCGUGAGCAUCUUCACGCUGGCCGCGAUGUCGGUGGAGCGCUACAUCGCCGUGGUCCACUCGCACCGGUCGCCCGUGCUGAGAACCACGCGGAACGCGCUCGCCGGCGUGGCCGUGAUCUGGGCGCUGUCCGUGGUGGCCGCGAUCCCCUGCGCCCAAAACCGGAUGCUGGUGGACGGAGUAAACUACUCGCACCCGGGCCAGUUCUUCUGCUGGGAGGCGGAGGCGUCCAAGAGGCGAGCCUACAUCACGGGAAUCUUCAUCUUCGGCUACCUGCUGCCUCUGCUGCUCAUCUCCUGCUGCUACAUCAGCGUGCUGACACACCUGCAGAGGAAGGUUCGCAACAUAUCCAAGAAGUCACAGCGCUCGAAGAAAAAGACGGCGCAGACGGUGCUGGUGGUGGUGGCCGUGUUCUGCAUAUCGUGGCUGCCUCACCACGUCAUUCACAUGUGGGUCCUCUACGGCUCCUUCCCGCUGACAAGCGCCUCCUUCGCGUUCCGCAUCGUGUCCCACUGCCUCUCGUACGGGAAUUCCUGCGCCAAUCCCAUCAUCUACGCGUUCCUCUCGGAGAACUUCCGCAAGGCCUACCGCCAGGUCUUCAGCUGUCAGCUGCCAGUGAGCUCCUCGCUAAAGGCCAAGAGCACGCGGAUCCGGCUCGAGAAUUUCUCCUCCACGCACACGUGCACCACCAGCCCGUACUAGGGCACCACCAGCACGUGCUAGGGCACCACCAGCACGUGCUAGGGCACCACCAGCACGUGCUAGGGCACCACCAGCACGUGCUAGGGCACCACCAGCACGUGCUAGGCACGUGCUAGGGCACCACCAGCACGUGCUAGGGCACCACCUGCCCGUACUAGGGCACCACAAUCCUGUACUAGGGCACCACCAGCACGUGCUAGGGCACCACCAGCACGUGCUAGGGCACUACCAGUACGUGCUAGGGCACCACCAGCCCGUACUAGGGCACCACCAUCCUGUACUAGGGCACCACCAGCCCGUGCUAGGGCACCACCAGCACGUGCUAGGGCACCACCAGCACGUGCUAGGGCACCACCAGCACAUGCUAGGCACGUGCUAGGGCACCACCAGCACGUGCUAGGGCACCACCUGUCCGUACUAGGGCACCACCAUCCUGUACUAGGGCACCACCAGCACGUGCUAGGGCACCACCAGCACGUGCUAGGGCACUACCAGCACGUGCUAGGGCACCACCAGCCCGUACUAGGGCACCACCAUCCUGUACUAGGGCACCACCAGCACGUGCUAGGGCACCACCAGCACGUGCUAGGGCACCACCAGCACGUGCUAGGGCACCACCAGCACAUGCUAGGCACGUGCUAGGGCACCACCAGCACGUGCUAGGGCACCACCUGUCCGUACUAGGGCACCACCAUCCUGUGCUAGGGCACCACCAGCACGUGCUAGGGCACCACCAGCACGUGCUAGGGCACUACCAGCACGUGCUAGGGCACCACCAGCCCGUACUAGGGCACCACCAUCCUGUACUAGGGCACCACCAGCACGUGCUAGGGCACCACCAGCACGUGCUAGGGCACCACCAGCACGUGCUAGGGCACCACCAGCACGUGCUAGGGCACCACCAGCACGUACUAGGGAACCACCAGCCUGUACUAGGGCACCACCAGCACGUGCUAGGGCACCACCAGCCUGUACUAGGGCACCACCAGCACGUGCUAGGGCACCACCAGCACGUACUAGGGCACCACCAUCCUGUACUAGGGCACCACCAGCACGUGCUAGGGCUCCACGCGUUCCGUCCUCGUUCUUUCACUAAUCAAGUAGCCCGAGUCGGCUCAUGUAGCGCACGCGUGAGAUCCGUGCCCCGCAAACCGCAGGCGCACGUACACGUGCACUCCCUUCACCUACAACGAGACCAGAUUGAAUGGGAGAGUAAUACACAGAAUGGGCAUUGAGAUAAUGUAAAUAUUCAGUUAAUGUCGACAUGAGCAGACCUUUACUGUCCCUGAGCCAAUAACCUCACACCUCUCUCUCGAUAUAUAAACCCACACGUCA